CAGUCUUGUCUGUUCUCAACUGCAGCGCAGGCAUGGCGACCUUCAAUAGCUCAUGUCACGAGUGUUUUAAGCGUAAAGAGCGGUGGUAUGAAAUUGGACCCACGGACUUGCUGGAGCGCAAAGGCUCCCUAACUCUCCGCUCUCAGGACAAGAAAUACUCGGGGCCAGUGUUGGUGUAUUCCUGGCACCGUAACAGAGAAGCCUACCCCAAAGAUUAUGAUAUGGAGGAUCCCAAGGUGGCUACAAACCUGUGUAAAUCAACAUAUCAUCGACUUGGAACUGACAGUCCAAGUUGGAUAUCAGAAGCACAAGAGCAGAUGUCCCAAGUUUUGGUAAACAAGGACUUCCUGGAGAAGAAGAAAAAGGCCUUGGUACACGACGAGACAAUGUGCCUUGGGAUUUUGGAAAGUGACCCUCAAUUACUUCCCUCAGGCUUUCGAGAAGUUUCUAUGGAACCCCCACCAGAUCCGAGAAAACAGUGUUAUUCGACAACAUAUUCUGAAGAUUAUGUUCCACAGUAUGAAUAUCCACCACCUGCUUGUCCGCUCCAAGAGGACUACUCCAUAGUCCACAGGAAGUGCCGUUCUCAGUUCACAGACCUCAAUGGCUCCAAAAGAUUUGGCAUCAACAAAUGGCAUGAUGAGAGUGGGAUUUAUGCUAACUCAGAGGCAAAACAAAAACUCUAUGCAUUGGCUGGCAAUCCUAUUGUCCCACUUUAAAAAGCAAUGAUACAAUCAGACGUUCAAGCUAACGAAAAAUAACAAAUGUAGUAGCUAAUAAUUUUCAUAAUAAACAUAGUCUAACCUAAGGAAA